AUGGUUCAGCUGGUUCACUUCAGGUUCUAUCUACUUUAUAUAAGGCUUCUGUCUCAAGGUGCUCUUCCGGUUCGGUAUCUAGUUCCCCAUAAACUUGGGCCUCAAGACUAUAGACCGUUAAUUGACAAAGUUAUCUCACGAAUCAGUUCUUGGUCGGCAAAGCAUCUCUCUUACGCUGGAAGGCUGCAGCUGAUUCAGUCGGUUAUCAUGAGCAUAAUAAACUUCUGGUGCUCGGUUUUCCUACUCCCAAACCGAUGCCUUCAUGAGCUUGAACGAAUCUGUAGUGCCUUUCUUUGGAGUAGUGCUCCUAACUCAGCUAGAAGCGCAAAAUUGUCUUGGGAAACAGUUUGCACGCCUAAAAAAGAUUGUGGUCUAGGAUUAAGAAGGCUUCUUGGUUGGAACUGA